AUGAAUGAGGCAGAAUAUAAGUGCCAAAGAUGCCGGCUGCCGUUGACCAUAGACGGAUCUCUGGAAGACCUUAGCAUAUCACAGGCCAAUCUUUUGACGGGACGAAAUGGGAACUUUACAAAGAACACAAUCCCCUUGGAGGAUGCCGUGGAAGAAGAUUUACCCAAGGUGCCUCAGAGCCGACUUAACCUCUUUAAAGAGGUCUACCAGAAGAUGGAUCACGAUUUUACCAAUGCCAGAGAUGAAUUUGUUGUGUUGAACAAGCACAAUGAUAACAGCGACGUCAAUGUGGAGUAUGAUUACGAAGAAAACAACACUAUCAGUCGUAGAAUCAACACAAUGACGAAUAUCUUCAAUAUCCUCAGCAACAAGUACGAAAUUGAUUUUCCGGUUUGCUACGAAUGCGCCACAUUGCUGAUGGAGGAAUUGAAGAAUGAGUACGAAAGGGUCAAUGCUGAUAAAGAAGUUUACGCAAAGUUUCUAUCCAAGCUUCGCAAACAGGACGCAGGUACAAAUAUGAAAGAAAGAACUGCUCAACUACUGGAGCAAUUGGAGAAAACUAAGCAAGAAGAGAGAGAUAAAGAAAAGAAGCUCCAAGGCCUAUAUGAUGAAAGAGAUAGUUUGGAAAAGGUAUUAGCUUCUUUAGAGAAUGAAAUGGAACAGUUGAAUAUUGAAGAGCAGCAAAUUUUUGAAUUAGAGAACAAAUAUGAAUAUGAGUUAAUGGAGUUCAAGAAUGAGCAAAGCAGAAUGGAAGCAAUGUAUGAGGAUGGUUUGACGCAAUUAGAUAAUUUAAGAAAAGUGAACGUCUUUAAUGACGCUUUCAAUAUCUCGCAUGAUGGUCAAUUCGGCACUAUAAAUGGGCUCAGGUUGGGCACGUUAGACAGUAAGAGGGUUUCUUGGUAUGAAAUAAAUGCUGCGUUGGGUCAAGUUGUUUUGUUACUCUUCACGUUAUUGAGCAGACUUGAGCUUGAGCUCAAACAUUACAAGAUUUUUCCCAUUGGCUCGACUUCCAAGAUUGAAUACCAAGUUGACCCAGAUUCCAAACCUGUUACUAUUAACUGCUUUUCUUCGGGAGAACAGUUACUGGAUAAGCUUUUUCAUUCUAAUAAACUAGAUCCUGCUAUGAACGCAAUCCUAGAAAUCACUAUUCAAAUUGCAGAUCAUUUCACAAAACAAGAUCCAACAAACGAAUUGCCCUACAAAAUGGAGAACGAAACAAUAUCAAACUUGAAUAUCAAACCUUCCAAACGUAAAUCCAACGAGGAAUGGACUUUGGCAUGCAAACAUCUGUUGACCAAUCUCAAAUGGAUAAUUGCCUUCAGUAGUUCAACGUGA